GUUAACAAAAACAAAAGAAAACACUGGUUGUGGGUUUCUCUUUCUCUCAAAGUCCGUCCCUUUGGACUCCAUUUUCUCGUAGUGGUUUUUGUCAUUUUUCAGCUAGGAAAAGAAAAAUGAGGAACCUUAUUCUGAAACGAUUCAUUGAAACAACUUCAUCGUCUUUGUCUCGUUCCUCUACCUCCAGAUCCACUCUCCCUUUCUUACUCUCAUCUCGACGCAAUGCAGUUUCAUCCCCCUUGGUUGAGGAGGAAGGUGAAAAAGUUGUAUUUCCAAGAGAAAGCCCUGGAUUUUCUUAUGGACUUAAUUGGGCUCUGGCUGGAAAAGGUGUGAUUGUGAAGGAUAAAGCUUUCCAAAACUUGAAGUCUUCUGAGUUGCAACAGAAAGGUGCAACCAUUUCAGAAUCCUUGUCAGGAUUUCCAGUUCAUGCUAGAGGAAUUCUAGGGGGAGCUUCAACAAUUUCAAAAGCACAAUAUAGUAAACUUUUGAAGCAGGUCACAACUCAUAUGUCAUCUGUCUCAGACAUUUUUGUCCAUGAUGGGGCUAUAGGUUCAUCACCAAAAUUUGAUGCUAAAGUUCGUUUGAUUAGUGACAGUCCGUCUGCUGUAUUGACACUUUCUAAUGUUCUUUCGGAGACUCCUGCUCGAGCGGUUUCCCAUGAUUCUUGUCCGUUAACAGUUUAUGCUGCUACAUCAAUAAGUGUGGCUGUGGGGGAUGCUGUUGGGCUUGGAGCUCAAGGAAGUAAUGGAUUUAUAGCUGCUGAUGUUGAGCGUUCUUCACUUAUUUUAUGUGGUAAAGCAUUUGCUGAUAUAAAUGGAACUAAAGAAGCAUUAUCUGCCUUAUCUGGGCCAGUUAUAUCUGCACGUGGAGGCCUUCCAUUAUCGGCAAGGCUCCUAGCAUCUGGUGAUUCUGUGAUUCUUUUGUUUGCCCCUGAGAAUGCCAUUCAGAAUUGUGCAGAUUUGUUGGUGUCUGCAGAUGCAGGUGUUGUCCUUUCCCCUCAAGGUGUUGCACCUUUGUUUCAAACCAAAAAAUCCAGUGGCGAUGAUCUAUACAAAAUUCCAUCUGCUGUUAUCCUUGCAACAUCUGAUAGUUCUGGGAGCAUCCCUUUGGUAGCAAAGCUCUCUCCAGGCCAAGCGGCUUAUCAGUUUUUGGCUGGCUAUCAAAAUGGGGAGUUUGUGCCUGCUUAUGCUAAGGGUCCUUCCUGUAUUGAUGCAUUAGAUCUUGCAAAGGCUUUUCUCUCCAAGUUAAAAGAGCACCAAAUACCAACUUUCCUUGUUAAUAUCGGUGAAGGAGGAAAGAGUGUUACAGGCAAAGAUCUUUUGAAGUUGGUUGGAUCAGCAAAGGUUGCACCAUUUGAACUUAAAGGUGGAGAUCUUCAAGGGAAAUAUAAUACCUUUUUGUCAGGUAAGUUUCAAGAAAUACCCGAAGAAUUAUCAUUCUGAGAGCCAAAUCUGUGUCUUUGUGGCUGUUUUUGUCCCAAGUUGCAGUUGUAACCUCUUUGACAACAGAAAACACUCUGAACAUGUGUAUGAUUUUUGCUUCCUCAAAUAGGAUCUGGUGUGAAGCACCAGAGAAUGAAAUAAAGAUCCAUUUGUAUAUUUUGUUGUUUUAACUCCCAUUUUUCAAAUUUAAUUGAAGGAGUUUAUGAAGGGUGGCAACAUUUUUGAA